UUUGGGUACGCGAUCGUUGGAACCAAGAUGGCGGAUUGAGUGUUAGCUUUUUAAUGAUUUUUAUCUUGAAUUGCAGUUUUUAAUGUUUUAGCAAGGUGGUUUGGAACUGACCUGCCGCUCAUCAUGGAAUCAGGCGAAAACAAAAACAACAGCGAAAUGCUGACUUUAAGUGGUAGCUAUGGUGAUGAACAAGACUCAUCUGGCCACUCACCAAGAACGAGUGGAGUAAUUUCUGAUUGGUCAGAAGUGAACAGGCAGCUGCGACAUCAUGGCUUUCACGCUGUCAUGGUGUUACCAAGGCAACACAUAUCAGAAAUUCCUGCAGGGGCUGUCAUACUUGAGGAACACACUUCUCAACAUCUGCGCCAUACCCUUGAAAGUCUCAUGUCUGAUUGUGACAGACGACAGGCCCUUGUGCAAGAACUUAUAUCUGCUUCAAAUAGGCUGCAAAAAGACAACAAAGAAAAUGCAGAAAUUAUUUAUAGCUAUGAAACUGAGAUCAGAGGGCUGGAACAACAGCUGGAAACUGAAAGAAUAAAAGUCCAAGAAUAUGAGGACCGACAUAUGUCAGAGCUUCAUAGACACGGAGAAGAAGUUCAAGACUUGCAACUUGGGAAGGACGAGGUUGCUGUCAUGUACAAGCAGAUGGAGCAAAAGCUUCAGAAAAAGGAUGAAGAAACCUCCAGGCUGCAGAAACGAUGCCAUGACCUUGUGCACAAGGAAGAAGAACGGUUAGAAAGACAGAGACUCAUGUUCAAGCAUUUCAAAAAUCGUUCACCACGCAAACAGAGUGAUGUUGAUCAAAGGAUCCUCGACAUUGUUGACAGCUAUGAAGCCCAGAUAGAUGAGCUAAAGGAGGAGAUGGAACAAAUCAAAAAAGAGAAUAAAGCCUUAAGUGCUUCAUAUAUUGGAACCUAUGGAGAUGUGAAUGACGACAAUCGUGCCAUGCACAAAGAUGUUUCAGAUGUGUCUGACCUUGCAUCAGGAGAGACAAGUGAAGAUGACAAUGCCCGCCACAGCAGGUCACCCCUGGAGGCUGGGUCUAGGACAGGCAUGGCUGGCAAGUGGAGAAGCAGCCAAUCCUCAAGUCCUGCCAGUUCAUCUCCGAGAAGAGUGAAAGAGCUCACAGAUAAGAACUUGUUUUAUGAGAGGCAGCUGAAAGAUGCAAAAAAGCUUAUCAGACUGCUGGAAAAUGAAAACACAAAUUUGAAAGUUGAUCUGCAGUCUAGGCCACGAACAGAGGAGUGGAAAAAGACACGAAAAUACAACAAGAAGUUGGAGAAGCUUCUUGCUCAAAAUAAUCUUAGCCCUCCUCGCAAGAGACAUCUUCUCACUGAUCGUGAUGUACCAGUUGAGACAAAGAGAUGUUCUACAAAUGUUGGUGAUAUCGAGUUUUUACCCAUCGACGUUUGUAGAGAAUACAUAAAGGAGGUGUGUAGCCGUCUAGAAGUGACUGACUUGAAGCAGCUGACAGACAGACUGGAUUCGAUAGAUGUGAUGGCAGAGGCUUACCCAUCGAUGGAAAAGCUGAUUUCAGACAUUCUAUCGCUGACCCAGGAAAAGGGUGCCCUAGUCGUGUCUGCAGAGGACAUGUCCCAGAGUGUUGACUCGCAUGCCUUGUACUGUCAGCGGGCCUGGCAGAACAUUCUCCCCACCCUUCGUCUAUGGCAUAAAGAGCUAAAGCACAUGAAGGAUCUACAGACAGCUGUCGAUCACCUGGCAGUCAGCCUGAUGCCGUGGAAACCUGAUAACAUGUUUCGUGCCGAUGACCGCAAGCCUUUGCGAAUGCGUGAUUUGAGGGCUCGGAUCGAGUCGUUGGCAUAUCAGGGCACGCGGGCGCUCCCCAGCGAGUUACGAGGGUCGGAUAAACCCAGUGCAGAGCAGUUACAGAGCAUCGUGGCACACUUCCAAAAGCUGUUUGAUGUGACAAGCGUGUCAGGCGUGUUCCCACGCAUGAAUGAGCUAUACCUGCGAGUAGGGGAAGUCUACAAUGCUAUGAACACCAUGCGAGAGUUGCUGAACCUAGAUCCGUGCUGUAAGGCGUCAGAUGUGGUGAAUGCUGUCGGAAAGUUAAGCAAGGCAAGACAUCUGCUUAAAGUCGACGAUCUUCCAGGCCUUAUCCAGCGCUUGGAGCAGUACGAUGAGUUCUUCCCUGCCUUCCAAGAAAUGGUGACCGAGUUAUGCCGGUUAUUAACUGUGGAAAAGAUGGACGAGAUUGUAACUGCAGUGAGAGCUCUUAUCAAGUUCCCUCAGUACUAGAUGCAGAUGAAAAUCGCUUAUUAAGUUCCCUCGGUAUUUGAUGCAGAUGGAUGGCUUUUGUCAAUGCUGACUUCUGUGGGUGGUCACCGAGGAUGGGUGCCCUGUAUGGCCCCAUUACUCUCAAAAAGCAGACGGUCCUUCCAUUUAGGUGAAAAAGGCUAUUUAUUGGCUCUUGGGCUCAGCAAUUCGAUCUGUUUAGACGCCGUUCUUUAAGCCAACGAGUAGCGGCUGACUCUGUAAAAAGUCCACACAACGCAGGCGAUAAUCAUGUUCCGUGACGUUAUAAAAUUUUUGACAAUGCUUCCCGCGCGAGACAACAACGAUGCCAUGCCAUACAAAAAAUGUUCUUGAUUAUCGCCUGCGUUGCGUAGACGCUACGAGAGAAUAUUUUUCACGACUCAGCGGCUACUGCAAAAAAACAAACAAACAAACGUCUAAACAAGACCUAAUUUAACCAGAACAGCUUCUUGGCAUUUUUGCCUGGGCAAAAUGUGAGUUCUUGACACCAAAAGGCACGAUUACGUGUGAAUAUUUAUUUCACUCUUUUAAAUAAACAAAUGUACAGUAUAAAGUUUCAUAUGGCACAAAAAAAUAAAAGUGUUCAACAAUA